UUUGCUUUACAGUAAAAAAAAAUAUAAUACACGUAAACCAUAGCAAAAAAAUCAUCUAGUGUAGUCAUGGCAAGAAAAAAGUUAAAUCUAACUUACAUUUUCAAUGAUAGAAUGAGGAAAAGAUCGUUCAAGCAGAGGAGAGAAGGAUUUCUGAAGAAACUCAAUGAUCUCAAGGUUUUAUGCGAUGUUAAUGCAUGUGCGGUCGUCUACAAUCCAUUCAACUCAAAUCCAGAUGUGUGGCCAUCAAAAUCGGAGGUGAAUAAUAUCAUCAAGAAAUUUGAGAUGUUACCGGAGACCCAAAAGAAAGUUAAAUCGGUGAACCACGAAGAAUUUCUCAAUCUAUACAUCUCAAAAGUCGAAAAGCAAAGUAAGAAAUUAAUUGUAGAAAAUAAGGAGACUUGCUUAAAGGAGGUCAUGUUCAAGUGUCUUGGUGGGAACAUGGGAGAUUUUGUUAUGAAUGAUAAUGAUCGUCUUGACUUAUGUAAGUUUAUUGAUCACUAUCUUAGAAAUCUUUAUCAUCAUAAAAAUGUAACCCUCAACAAUCCAAAUUUUGAAAUCGGAGAAUCUUCUUCAUUAAUGGAUAUGGCACCAACCGCUACAACUGGAAACAUGGCAACAACUGUAGUAGAUGAAGGCAUGACACCACUUCUUAUUGCUGAAGGGAGUUCCUCCUCAUUUUUGAAUUCUCCACUCUUCAACUCUCCUCAGCUAACCAACGAGUUGCAGCUUAUAGUCUCUCAAAACCAUAGAUUAGAGAAUUCUCUGGCAAGUAAUCUCUUUUUCAGUGAAGGGCAAGACAUUUGCAUUCCAGAUAUGAAUCAGUCCAUAAUCCCAUCAAACCAAGGAGCAGAACAUGUGGAUUUUCUUGAAAGUAAUUUUCUACCUAAUAACAAUCAAGAAGUUUAUAUCCCAGUUAUGGAUCAGGAUGAAGUUUACAAUCCAAAUCAAAAUCAUUAUGAGAACCAACAAGGAUUCAUUGACGAGAUGAUGAAAUAUGCUGAGAAAACAAGUUUUCCUUGGAUGGUAGAGAACCACUGUUAUAAUCACAACCAGUAAUAACGCAUAUCCAUCAACGCCGAUGUCAAUGCCAAAAUGUUAUCUUUGUUUUCUUUGUCGUUUUUAAUAAAUUUUCUUAAUGACAAUCGUUGAAUCUGAUAUGUCUUAUCUUUUAGUUCAUCAAGUUUUGGUUUUCUAGUUAAUAUGUUUUCUAUAAUUAUUAUUUUGAAGAAAUUGAUUAAUAUAUUUUUAUUAAUAAAUUUAAAGCCAGAUUCUGU